AUGGAACACUCGUCUCCGCUAGCAGCGAUGCAACCCACGUCCGCGCUUUUUGGACGGGGUUGCCGCGGCGAUGCUCCGGCUUCAUACGCUACAUUGAGUGGCUUUGGAGGAAACCCUUUCAACUUCAAGGACCUGUCAAUGAAGAAGUCUGCGCCUGACUAUUUCAACAUGAAUCCACUGCGUGGAUCCUCACCUGCUGCCAGUUUGGCGGCUGAUCUAUCACAGAACUUUCACAUUGACCAGAGCCCUCAGCUGGCCACGCCCCGUCGCUCUUUGUUCUCUGCAAAUAUGCUUGGCCAGGCCAACGGCUAUGAUGAAAUGAUGACGACCCCGCCUCUGCCAUCCUCAUCCCCAGCACCUGGAAUGGAUACCAUGGAACUCAGCCCGUUACCUCACAAGCCUGCCUUUGUGGUCACCACCGAGAUUGAAGUGCACUCGCCAUCGCCUUGUGCCACUCCCAAGGAUUCUCCAAUCACCUCAGCGGCUCAUAGCCCGCUGCAAGCAUCUCCAAUGGAAAUGGGGCCUCCUCUUGAAAAACGUCGUCCUCCAUUCCUCCGUCCUAGCUUGGCUCGUAGCAAGGCGCAAUCUUUCCAGCUCGGUAUGAAUCGACCUUCCCCAGAAGGCAAGGCACCUCCCUUUCGAUUCAGUUCCGAAGUAUCCAAGACAUCCCUGAGCACUUCUACUUCCCUGGAGGACAUGUUCGGCGACUCUCCGCCACAGGAGCGGACCGUGUCACGUAACCCAAGCAGCCUGGCACCACCUCGUCUGCGUCCCCCGUUCCAUCAUGCUCGUAGCAGUGGUUCUCCAUCCACCAGUUCCAUUCGCAAGCCCUCUCAUCCGUUGAUGCGCCCUCGCAAGCAAUGCCGCAGGUCGCUGAGUAUGUAUGAGCAUCCGGGGGAUGUUAUUGCGGAGAAAGAAGCGAAGAUACCCACGAGUGCCCCACUUCAGUCCAUUACUGAUGCCGAGACCGCCCCUACUCUGCACCUUCCUCACUUCACCAAUGAGGACCGGGCUGAUUCUCUGCCUCGCAUCAAUCAGAGUACUCUCCUAGAUCUACUGGAUGGGAAGUUCGAUGCGCACUUUGACAAUAUCAUGAUCGUUGACUGCCGAUUCGAAUAUGAGUAUGAAGGCGGUCACAUUGACGGUGCCCUGAACUAUAACGACAAGGAAUCCCUUGCAAGUGAGCUGUUUGAUUCUCCUAAGUCUCGUACUGCCCUGGUUCUUCACUGCGAGUAUUCUGCCCAUCGGGCCCCCAUUAUGGCCAAGUACAUUCGCCACCAUGACCGCGCUGUCAAUGUCGACACCUAUCCUCAUCUGACUUAUCCCGACAUGUACAUCUUGGAUGGUGGCUACAGUUCCUUCUUCGCAACUCACAGUGGCCGCUGCUAUCCCCAGAACUAUGUGGAGAUGACCGCCAAAGAGCAUGAGGUUGCUUGCGAGCGGGGGCUUGGCAAGGUCAAGCAGCGUUCCAAGCUCAACCGUGCUCAGACCUUCGCUUUUGGUCAGCACUCUCCCCAGAUGGAAGAUAGCCCUACUGGCCCUUGUCGAUUCGGGGACGAUCAUAUAAUGAGCUCCCCAUUUUCGCUUUCUGAAAGCCCUCUACCCAAUCGCACUCCCGGUCGUCGUAUGCUUUCCUACUAG